CAGAGCUAAACUGAAAAUAUCGAAAAGAUGAAUUAAGCACACAAUAGUUCAUUCUUUACAGUUUGCGGCAACUUUGUCUAAAUAAAUGCAUUAAUGCUGCUUCGCCUUUUCUUAAAAAAAAAAAAAGAAAAAAAAUCACACUGGAAAUUAAGUAAUAAUAUUUCUUCAUUUAUUAAACAUUUAUUUUCAUCGUCAAUCUAAGUAAAUAUGUCGGUUUAAAACUAACACGUUGCGUGCUUGUGUGGGAUUGUGUUGAAGGCGCUUCGGUAGCUCGUGACAGAAGCUCCGAGUUAAAAAUCCAAAUGGAGGCGAAACCCGGCGAGCCAUCCGUGAUGAGAGCGACAAGCAUGGGGAGAGAUUGAAAAUGCGGAUGUCUCUCCGAAAGAGAAAUGAGCGGAUCGAGAGAGCUGCUCGCUGACUGGAAGGGAGAGAGAUGCGAGCGAGAGAUGGAGGCGGGGGGGAAGUCUCUCAGCUCUGCGGGGACUGGAGCGCCCGUGCCCUGGACCGGCGGCGCAGUGCUGGCUAACAUUCAACCCUCCCCUUGUUCCACAACCAGUUCCACACACAAGCAGCGACAGGUAAGGUCUAACCAGCGUCUCAUCCUAUCAGCCGUUUAGUAAACAAACCUUGAAAAGAAUCACCUUUCGAUACAAAAAAAUCAAAACCUUUGCAUGAGUUUAUUAAAUCGUUUGCUUCGGUGAAUUAUUUCGUAAAGCCGUCUCGGUUAAAUUCGCGUUUAUUGCAAGGCACGGUACAUUCCGAGGUCGCCUUACCCGAAUUUCCCGUCCUGUGACUCGGGCAAAACAUCCUCUUUGUAACAGCCUUUCGCCGUGUUAAAUUCUAAAUCUAACUCUCAAUCUGUACAACUAAGUACGUUAGACGCGAUAAGGGCGCCUCCGCUCUUGUUUGAAGCCCUUGCGGUUGUCUUUAUUUCCGAGUCAAGGCUCCAUGAGGCUUGUGGAGGGAAGAACCAGCCGUCUCUGGUUUGCCAUCAGGGAGCUCGUCUAUAUCUCACAGUGUGGGCUUUUCGCUUGCGCCUAUCUUGCCUUCGUAAAGGCAAAGUUCGCGAUUACAGUCGUCAGUUUAUCGGUUAUCUAUGUUUGAGGGGCAAAACCGGUGAGUUCUGAGUUUAAGUUUGCCAUUUAAUAUCGUUUUGUUUCGAUGAGGUGAAUUAGGCUUGCAGCAUGCGUGGACGGUAGCAUGGCGGUUCUAGAACAGUCGUCAUGCCAGUAAAGCGUUCUCUUUCUCGGCUGUUACAUUUUUCCAUUGUGACUAGGGAGAAAAUGAUAUAUUUUUUCAAGGGCUGGAUACAUUUCUGACCGGAUUAAACGCGUCAAUCAUAAUCCAUCUUCAUUCGCCGCGUAUUGACCGAAACUAACCGUUUAUUUGUUUCAUUUUUAUUUUUCAAGUCUUUGAAGCCCCUGCUGCCAUUCGCCGCCAUACGGCUGCAACCACCUCGCUUUCGCCCCGUGUUCUUCGUCAGUCGAAAGUCGGGGUAAAUAACCAAAUUUAUUCACGUGAUUCCACAUAAUGAAUGGUGAAAUGGAUUCAUCUACUCAAGACCCUGUUUGGGACCAGGAUGGCAUGUUGAAGCUAUUGGACGCCAUGAAGGGAAACCUUCCAGAGAAGGAUCUGGCCAAGUACAAGACCUCAGAGUCCCAUCUGGACUGGGAGAAAGUGGCUUUCAACCCGUACUCCGCAGAGAUGUGCAAACAGAAAUGGCAGGAGGUUUCCCGAGAGAUACGCAAAUUCCGCACACUCUCUGAGUUAAUCGUGGAUGCACAAGACUAUGUAAAAAACCCCUAUAAAGGGAAGAAACUGAAGAAACACCCAGACUUCCCCAAAAAGCCGCUGACGCCGUACUUCCGUUUCUUUAUGGAAAAGCGGGCCAAGUAUGCUAAGCUACAUCCAGAAAUGAGCAACCUAGAUCUCACAAAAAUCCUAUCCAAAAAAUACAAAGAGCUGCCGGAGCGUAAAAAAGAGAAGUAUGUGAAUGAUUUUCUCCAAGAAAAGGGGGAAUUCGUGCAAAGCAUGAACAAGUUCAGGGAAGAUCAUCCAGACCUUCUGGAGAACUUAAACAAGAAGUCUAAUGUUCCUGAGAAGGCCAAGACACCCCAGCAGCUGUGGUAUUGCCAUGAGAAGAAGGCCUUUCUCAAAACACACCCAGAUGCGACCACCAAAGACAUCAAGGACAAUUUCGGGAAGCAGUGGAUGCAUCUCUCUGACAAGAAAAAGAUCAAGUGGAUCACCAAGUCCCUGGAACAGCAGAAACAAUAUGAGGAGACGAUGCGCGCGUUCAUUCAGCAACAUCCAGAGAUGAACAUGAAGGAGGAGAACUUUGUAAAAUCCACUCUGACGAAAGCAGAGAGACAGCUCAAAGACAAGUUUGAUGGGCGACCAGACAAACCCCCAUCUAAUGGUUACUCGAUGUUUUGUGCUGAGCUAAUGUCCGGUAUGAAGGACGUUCCCAGUACUGAACGUAUGGUCAUGUGCAGCCAUCGCUGGAAACUCCUCAAACAAAACGAGAAAGACGCGUACCAAAAACGCUGUGAGCAGAGAAAAAAAGAAUACGAGAUCGAGAUGAAUCGCUACUUGUUGAGUAUCUCAGAAGAGGAACAGCACAGAAUAUUGUCAGAACAGAAGAUGGGAAGCUUUAAAAGGACUGGAGGCAGUCCUGCCUCUAAAAAGAACUCGAAGGCAAAGGCCAGCCUAGAGAAGCCCAAGCCCCCAGUGUCUGCAAUGUUUAUUUUUGCAGAGGAGAAGCGUCCAAAACUUCAUCAGGAAAGGCCAGAUCUCUCUGAUAUGGAACUUACGAGACUACUGGCCCGCAUGUGGAGCGAUCUUUCUGACAAGAAAAAGGAGAAGUAUAAAAAUCUGGAGAUGACGUUGAAGGCAAACUCUGAGAAGCAGCUCAAAGAUGAUAAAGGGAAACUACCAGAAACGCCCAAAACAGCUCAGGAAAUCUGGCAACAGAGUGUCAUUGGAGACUAUCUUGCCCGAUUCAAGGGUGAUAGAGCGAAAGCUCAGAAGACCAUGGAGGCCACAUGGAACACCAUGGAAAAGAAAGAGAAAAUUGUGUGGAUCAAGAAGGCUGCAGAGGACCAGAAGAGAUAUGAGAGAGAGCUGAGUGAGAUGCGAUCACCUGCUCCGGUUUUCACCCCAGGAAAGAAAAUCAAAUUUGACGGAGAGCCUAAGAAACCCCCCUCAAAUGGUUAUCAGAAAUUCUCUCAGGAGAUGCUGUCGAACGGUGAGCUCAACCACCUGCCCAUGAAAGAGCGAAUGGGUGAGAUCGGGGGCCGCUGGCAGCGACUUAAUCAAAAAGAGAAGGAUCGAUACAAAAAGUUGGCAGAGGAGAAACAGAGGCAGUACAAAGUGCUACUGGAGCAGUGGCUUGCGAGUUUGUCAACAUAUGAGAGAGCUGCGUAUAAAGAAUAUAAUUCUCUGAAAAGGAGGAGUACAGGAAAACAAGGUGGCACCAAUGCUAAAGUUGCAGCCAAAGCCAAACCACCAGUAAGUAUAAAGAAUCAAAAGAAAGUGGUGGUGGUGGUGGAGGAGGAGGAGGAAGAUGAUGAUGAUGACGAAGACAAUGAUGAUGAUGAUAGAGAGAAAGAUUCUGAUGAAGGAUCAUCGUCUGGAGAUGACAGCGACGACGAUGAUGAAGAUGAUGAUGAAGACGAUAAUGAUGAUAAUGAAGACGUGGAGGAUGAAGUGGACGACAAAGAGAAUAAAUCCGAAAGCAGCAGCAGUGCCUCCAGCUCUGACGAUUCAUCGGGUUCGGAUUCGGACUGAGGCAAAGCCGAGUCAGGCUGAGCGCACAGACUGCCAGAAACGCUGUGAUCUGAGCCAUGAACACAGGGGUCCGAGCCUGCUCCGCACUUCUCUUGUUCCACCACCAGAAAGUGCUUUCCCCAUUGUAACACAUCUACAGCCACUCACUUCAUCCAGAGUCUUUUCCUCUGCUUGUGUUCCUUUUGUUUCUCUGGACAUCUUAUUUCUUCCUCCCUCGCUGAGUUUGCUUAUUAAGUUUAAAGGCAUUUUAGGCAAAUGAAAUGUGCACGAGGAUGUGUACUCUGAAUUCCUCCACAGCAGAUCAGAGACAAAGGUGUAGAGCUCUUCUAUUGGCUUUUAGUCAGUGUCUGAAGCAUUAUUAGGGUGCACCUUUUUUAUUUAAAGGUUUCAAAGGAGGACAAAGAGAGUACCAGGUGACCUUUUCGUUCUCAUAAUGGAGCCAAAGAAUCUCUUAGUUUUGCUAAUUAUUUUGGGAGGUAAAGGGGACCAAAUAAUUGCACUCUGAAGAAUGUCUGCUCUCCUAAUCUUCAUCUGUACCUCCUUCUUGUUCUUUUAGCAUUGUUCCUCCGCAGGCCUGUCGUCUCCCCCCCAGCCCCCCGCCCUCAUUUUGCUUUGCUGUUUAGUUUUGCUUCGGUUCAAAAAAUUUGGUAUUUUCAGGAGCAGUGAAGCCAUUUUGAAUGUCGCUGCAUGGACCCCGCUGGUCACUUCUCGUUCAUAAGACACCAUUACCUUAACUACACCUGAUGGGAGUUAAAGGUGAAAAUGAAUUAUUUAUUUUUCGUCCUGUUGUAAGAACGUUGCCCAUAGCUGUUUUGCAAUGUUGUUGUGACAUAGUCACAGAACAGCAGAUGUAUUUGAGUUAGCUGUUCAGAAAGAUAAUUAAAGUUACAUGAUAAUGAGUAGUUCAUGACUUAACUGUUUGCAAACACAAGCAAUGUUCUUUUAGUUGUUUCACUGGCUGGGCACCAAAAGGUUUUCUCUUUGUUAAAAAUGAUUUGUUUUAAAGCUGAAUAUUUUCAACCACUGUUUUAUUUGGUGCUCCAAAGAACUAUUUGUUUUAAUUUGAGUAAUGUUUUAAAUAUGAAAGACAUGAGCUACCCCACAAUUCAGUGCACUUAUGGCGGAAUCCCAGGCUCACAAGCCCAGUCUCGUUUCAGUAUUUGUUUUUUUACAUUUCAUCUAUAUCACUCCUGUAACUUUAAAGGUUUGUCAUACACCAGCUCAAGGAAUGUAACAGAUACGUUUUGCUUAAGAGAGGGGUACCGCUAUUUGUCAUGUUUAUGUAUAAAUGAACAGUUUUGAGGGUGACUGGUAUAUUCUCUUAUUUCAAUGCAUCUAAAUUAAGAUGGGAUCUAGCAACCUGAAAUGAGCUACUGUCUUUUAUUCUUAGUGUUUCUGCAGUCUCCAAUGUGAUGGGCACAGUACAUUAACUUUAAGAGCAUUUGGGCAUUGCUAAUUUGCAAAUAAAUAGUAGUUGAAAAGAAAUUGAUUACGUGUAUUUUUGGUUUGGAGGAUUUCAAACUGUAGUCUUUUGACAGCUAGAAGCCGAUGCAUUUAAUUUCUAUUUUAGUGCCCAAAGUUUUCUAUUGUGCAGAAUCUUGUGUUAUUGGCUCAGUCAGCACAAUUUGACAAUUGAUGGGCUGGAAUAGGAGACCUUCCAGUCGACCCUCCAAUAUGUGUUUGAUAUUUUAUAGGAUUUUGAGCAAAUAAAUUUGGGCUGGGUUCAGUGCUGUUGUAAGGUAUUUGUAAAUACGGCUUAAUUUUUUCCUUUGUAUUGAGUGAACAUAAUUGCAUUUGUGUUUUCAUUUGGUUAAGCAAUUUGCUGCUUUAGCCAAUAUAGUUUGUCAGUUGGGGAAAUGUUUUUAAUUUGGUAAGUUUUAGUUUUUACCCCUCCCCAUGUUUGUUUAUUUGUAGAAAUGGCAACAAAAAAAUAAAAAAAAUGACAUCUUAAA